AUGACGGGCCGGGUUCCCAAUGUCUGGGCCGCCAUCAUCAUCCCCGUGCCCGCGAGUGCGCUCGCGCUGGUUCUGAGGAUCAAGGCGCGGCGCAUGACUAAGAUGGGCGUUGGUUAUGACGAUGCCUUGUCAAUCGCAGCUUGGUUUGUGGCUCUUGGUUAUGCAAUUCUUCUCAUCGUGUGGACUACAUGUUACUACAUGGGUCGCAAAAUCGGCCACUUCCCCGAAGACAAGAUCGAUCACAUCCUCGAGAAAUCUCACGAGAUCCUCUUUGCCAGCGAGAUUCUGUACUCAUGGUCAAUCUUUCUCAGCAAAAUGUCCGUGCUCACCUUUUACCGUCGCAUCUUCCAGUUCUCAUCCAUACGCGUACCCAUUAUUAUCUUGAUGGUAUGCUGUGGAUGCUGGAUCACCAUCCGGACCUUCAUGACCAUCUUCCACUGCAUGCCUGUGCAGGCGUACUGGGAUAAGUCGAUUGAUGGGAAGUGCAUGAAUAAUAUCGGACAAUAUUAUCUCGGGACUGAUUUGACGCAUUGUUUGAUGGAUUUUAUCAUUUUGGCUUUGCCGUUGUUUGAGGUUGUGAGGAUGAAGUUGAUACUGGGGCAAAAGAUUGCUGUCAUUGGUAUUUUCAGUCUUGGUUCAUUGGUCGGUAUUGCUUCCAUCUUUCAGAUCGUCGAGGCCCAAAAAUACACCUCCAACUCACGAGAAUUCCCCUACGACUUCUCCCUCGCCAUGGUCUGGGCCAACGUCGAAGUCCACCUCGCCGUCUUCACCAGCUGUCUCGCUCUUCUACGCCCCAUAUUCCGCAAAUUCAUCCCAGGCUUAUCCUCCGGCAACACCACCUAUCCCGCCAACGGCCUCAGCCACGCCUCAAACACCUACACCAACUCCAUCGCCCUCCGCCGCUCCCGCAGCCCUCGGGACGUCGAGGAGGUCAUUGAGGGACAGCGUGCGUACGCCUAUCUGGACUACGACGCAAUCAGCUUACCAGGCGCCAAAGACGUCAACUCCAUCUCGCGACUGCAGGAGCGUGAGCAUCAUACACCUAGCAUGACUGAGUCUGGCGGUAGAGGUUCCCUGUCGUCGCAGAAUAGUGUCCGAUGA